UGUGUGUGUGUGUGUGUCUGUGUGUCUGUGUGUACCCAUGCCCUGUUGUCCUACGUGUACAAGAGCUCAGGAGACCACCUGUGUCCCAUUCAUUUCUGCUCAGUCAUUUGCUUUCCCGGACAAAGAAUGUUUCAGCCGCUGGGAUUUAAGAAAAGAUCUGGUGCCAGGCUAGCUUUCUUAAACUGACGGCAAACUUCCGUGGUUGGACCCAUGAGAGAUCUCCUUGAUCUCACCACAUUGGUGGAAGCGAUGCCCCUCUCUUAAAUUCAAGGAAUCUCUUGCCCGCAAAGGACAGGACAGAAUUAUUUGUAAUGAGCAGCUUUUUUUUUUUUUUUUUAAACCAAUACAGGAGCAGAAUACAGCAUGGAGAUUUCUGGCUACAUAACUUUGGGCAAGUUGCUUAACCUCUCUGGGCCUCAGUUUUCUCCAUUGCACACAGUGAGCUCUCGGUAAUAGAACUUAUGAUCAUGCAACGGAUGUUUCCAAAGGGUUUGAAACAUCCUAGUUCUAUUCACUUUGGUUACUGGAUACCCAAACAAGACUGUGGAAUCAUAAGUAUUAAGAAAGGCAGCUUUCUUGGUUUUCAGCUAAAGCAGGGUAAAGAAAUGUUAUGGUGCCAUUAUGCAGCUGUUCAAGUUGAUGUAACUUUUCUUCUAUACAUUGCUUUUGAAACUGACAAGGUCAAAACUCAUGAAUCCCAACUAAAUUGAUACCAGAGGAGCAAGAGGCCUGAAUCUCAGACUUAAAAAGAGAAUUUUGUUAGUUUCAAGUCCUGGGAGACUGCAAUAGUCAGUCUCCUUGCCCAUUUCUGGCUUGCUACCCCUUGCGCAUGUGGGAGGGCUGCUCUUCCCACCCCCUUGGGGUUUAGGGGGGCCAAAAGAGCAGUUUGGGCCAGUGAACUAGGGGGUGGAAGUAACGUAUAUCACAAGAUUCACAUAUUGAAUUUCUGAUGAGAGACCCUUAAGAACUUUCAGUCCUUCUGGCUCAGCACCUGGCAACAUUCCAGAAAAUGAUCGCUUCAUUACCUUGGGUCUCAGAGCGAUGAUGGCUCCAGAGUCUCCAGCCACAGAAAAAACUCCCACUGAUCUCUGCAGAAGAAACAAACCUUUCUGACUUUGAGCCAGGGAAAAGUUAUUGCAACAUAACCUAGCUCAUCCAGAUGGGUACAGCAAUGAAGAAAAAGAAGCAUGUUAUAGGGAUGAUUUGUCAAUAAUCUCACGAUGGUGUUAAAGGCUUGAAACAUUCAUUUCAGGGGAAUAAAUAGGCUUUCUGCUAUCUAGCUCUCUACUCUUCCUUUGCUUUCUUUGCAGAUGGGGUGGUCAACAGUAUCCUGCCAGCUGUCUGGAUUUGUCUGGAAUUCUCACUAAGUGGAGUUGGGAAGAAGGGUUUUGUAGUUUCCCUGAGAUAUGUUGAUGCUUGGGAGUUCUAAUGGCUCAGAUGUGCUGGUGAUCAUGUCAGCAGUCAAGGAAAUAGAUGGAGAUAGUACUAACAUUACUGAGCACCAGCUGUUUGCCAGAUGAUCUGGAUCAGCCAGUCUUUCAUGGACCUCUUAAGGCCAAAAGCCCAACCAGGGUAACCCGGGCCUGUUGGCAUAGGACUCGGGCUCUUUUGCACAGUCCUAAGGGCCAAGGCCAUGAUUGAUGUCUUUUGUCUUCCUGGAGGAUUUCAGUUGGCACACUGACUCCAGCCCCGUCUCUUUUGCUGCUCUUCCCUCCAUCUUGCUUACCCCGCCACCAACAACACCUUUGGCCACACAUUUUUUUAUAUCCCUAGGUCACACUUCUCUCGCGCGCCUCUGAGCCAUUGUACUGGCUACUCCCCCUGCUUGGAAUAACAUCCCCCUUCACUGUUCCUCUGGCAACUCUUACUCAUCCUUUGGUUUCAGCUUAGAUGUUGCUUCCUCCAGGAGGCCUUCUCUGACUUCUUAGUUUCACGAAGCUUCCCUGCUAUAGGUCCUCACUGUGCCUGCACCCAUAGUAACCCUCACAUGACCUGGCUGUGCCUUCUUGUUUCACUGAGCUUCUGUAAGAGCCGUGAGGCCGAACAUCUGUGUGUCUUGCUCCCUUUUGUGCCCCAGUGACCAACCACAGGUCUUGGAAGAAGUGAAAGAGGGGAAGGGCCGGCCCCCACCACCAUCCACGUUCCAGUGGCACUUUCUGACCUGCUGCUGGUACCACAUGCCUUUCUGAUUUAUGGAAAGCCACCCAGCCAUGUGGGGAGCUGCAUUUCAAGGCACUUCCUGGCAAAAAACCAAAAUCUAAUUGCCUCAAAGAGAUGUCAGAGACUGAGAGGGGCCAUCUGUGAAGGUGUAUCCAAGUCACUCUUGAACCCCUGUGACCCUCCACCAUCACAUCUUGGUCAAGAAAUUGCUCCCCGGGCCCAGCCAGGACAACCAGGAGGCCUGAACUGGGUCAAGGCCCUGACUGUCUCCCAAAUUCUCCAGAGGAGCGAGCAGGGAAGGGUGGAGUCUAGCAGCCUUGGGAUCUCCGGAGUCUGAGAGUGGGAGCGUCUGCCCCCCUAGACAUCUUCCUGGGUUCCCCCUUCUCCUCCCCACCCCCCGCUUCUCAUCUGUACCUGUGCAGCCUGUUUUCCAGUUUUUAUGUGUGGUCAUGAGCAUCAUCAGAUUGAUGGAAUUGGAGUCCCGUGCACGUGAGCGCUGAGAUGCCAGGUAGACAGCCUAGGGUCCCCAAGGUGUCAGGGGCAGAAGCAGUGGGUCCCUGCAGGGAAGCAAGGGCAGAGGAGGAGUCAUUCAAUUAUUUCCAGAGAUGGAUAAGACACUAGCCUUCCCCUUGUGGGGUUCACUGUCCCAAUCACACACCGCUGUGAGCCUUUGAAGGAACUUUCUCAUAUAGUCCCUGCCCCAGCUCUAACAUGGGUCCUACUAAUAUGAGCCCCAUUUUCUAGAUGGAAGUGCCAAGGCACAGAGAGAGUGAGGAAUUUACCCAAAGUCACAUAGCUAGUAAGUGACUAGGCCAGCAGGCAGUCCCUCUCUAGCGACCCCACUUAAAAAAAAAAAAAAAAAAAGCAAAUUGUGGUCUGGUACAGUCAUUGUAUGGAAUUGCAUAACUGGUGAAAAAGAAAUAAACACACUGGUUCCUGUCAACACACAUGACUCUCAGGUUCAAUACUGCAAGAUGUGAAAGGACAGAUACUAUAUGGUAAUAUUAAUAUAAAGCUUAAAAAACUGUAUCAACAAUGCCAUACAUUGUUUAAGGACACACAGGCAUGUGUUAGGAAAAUGAAGAAACGCUUGGGACUAAUGGACGCCCAGUUCAGUUUCUGCUAGUCUGUAGAGGGAAAGAAUAGGAGAGGCACACAGGGCCUCAGUGAUGGUAAUAUUUAUCUCUGAACCCAGUGGUGGGGACCUGUGGGUGCCCCAGCCAGAGCCUCUCCCCUUCAGCUGCUUUUAUUUCUGACAGUCUGGAGCCCCUGUGGGGGCAGGAGGGAGCUGCCCCUGGGACUUGCCUGAGGUCAACACCUUUGCUGGGCUUCAGUCCCUUCCCUGCCUCCAUCCCCCGUGCUCUUCCUCGCCUCCCCUGGGAGCACAACCUUAAUGAACCCAACCUCAGACAAUGGACACAGCCAAUCACCAUGCUCCCCAGCCUGCAGCCCACAUUGGGGUCUGGAAUGAGGAGUUGCUGACUGGGGGAGGAGAGCGAAAAGGACUUCAAGCAGUAGAAUGGGAAACCAACGGGAAAGACAGCUCCCUAAGAAGGCCUAUACAUUGAACGUGACACCAAUAAGAACACCAAAUUAUUUUUGGAGCUAGGUUAGACAGUUUUGUUUCAUUGAGGGAAAAAGAAGCAACGAGUCCUGAGAGCUGUAAGAAGCCCAGGCAAAGCAGGAAGAAGGGAGGACCCUAUGUUAAGCCAAGUGGGAUUGAGGAGAGAGCGUCUGUCUGUGGAAGGGCAAGUCACAGCCUGUUCUGGCCCGGCCCAGAGGGCUGCUGAAGUGCCUGCUUCUCUCUAGAAAGAGACCAGGACCUCAUUCUCUUCUAGAGGCACAUGCUUUCCAGGUCUGGACUUUGCUCAGAAGUGGCCACACCCUUCCACACCCUCAGCUCCCCCUGGAUGAGCCAGGAUCCAGGUAGGACUGUGCCAUGUAUCACAUGGCCAAAUGCUGCUGGUCUUUCCCCUGCUGGCUUAUUUGCAGUGGCUGAUAUUGGACAGGAAGGCAGGGAGGUCCUUCACCUUUCAAAGGGGCCAGAUCCACCAAGAUCCAUAGAAAAGGUGCCUUCCAGAAUGUGUGUUCUUCCCGGAGGCUGGGCUCUUGGCGCUGACCCUGGUGCUGAACAAACCUUCCUUGAGAGCGGAGAGGGUCCCAUUUAGUGGGAAAGAUUCCCCCCUCCCCCUCCCCAGGCAGCCUGCCAGGUUCAGAGAAGGCUGCAGCAGGCCUCUAGCUUCUACAGGAAGGGUCCAUCAUUGCACCCUGAGGGGUGAGCCUUGAAUUGGUCACUUGGCUGCACAGCCCUGGAUUGUGCCAGUGCUGUCUGGAGACCAAAGCUUUGCCUGUGAGAUAACUUGGAACCAGGGACAGAGUUUCCCUGGAAAGAGAGGGUUGGACUCGAGCAGUGAAUGAAAGUAAUUGAUUUACAGGGCUGAGGGAGGAGCCCAGAUGGAGAGCUGAGGCCCAGGCACAAGAGAGAUUGAGACAAGUCCACAGUAAGAGCAAGACUCCAUUGAGAAGUGUUUAUGUACUUGGCUUUGGGAAUAAUAGCAGCCAUUUAUCCAUUCAUUCACUGGAUUCAACAAGUAUGUAUUGAGGGCCUACCACGUGCCGUGGGAUAUACUUCACUGCAUAAAAGAGAAAGAGCUUCUGUCCUUUGGUACUUACAUUCCAGUGGGGAUGUCAGGGGGAGACAGGCAACAAACAGCAGGUGUAACAAGUAAGUCAAUGGUGUAGUGAUUGGGGGUGGUAAGUGCUGGAGAGGGGGGGGAAGAGAGAGAAAGAAAGAAAGAAAGAAAGAAAGAAAGAAAGAAAGAAAGAAAGAAAGAAAGAAAGAAAGAAAGAAAGAAAGAAAAGAAAGGAAAAGCAAGCAAGCAAGCAGAGAAAGAGGUGGGGUAGGUUGCAAUUUUAAAUAGGGUAGGCCUCAUUGAAAGGUGACAUUUAAACGAAGAUUGAAGGAGGUGAAGGAGUGAGUCAUGCAUGCAUGUGGGGAAGAAUAUUCUAGGCUGAAAGAACAGUGGAAGUAUCCUAAGGAGGGAGAGUGUCGGGCACGUUUGGAACAUGAAGGCGGCCAGCGAGGCCAGAGCGCGGAAAGCAAGGUGGGGCCUCAUGGCUGCUGUAGGCUCUUUGGCUUUUCCUCUGAGUGUAGGGGAGAGCCUGGGGGAUGGUCUGAGCAGAGGAGAUUCACAUUCCUGUGACUACUGUGCUGAGAAUAGAGCAUAGCAGGCAAGGGUGGAGGCAGGGACACCGCCAGGAGCCAGUGUAGGGAUCCAGGGGAGGGAUGGUGGGCUCCGGAUGAAUUCUGAAGGCAGAGCCAGGAGAUCGGCUGACAGAUGGGAAGUAGGGGGCGAGAGGGAAGAGGCGUCAGGAUGGUGCGCAGGAUUCUGGUCCAAGUAACGGGAAGGCAGGGGCUGGCAAGGAACAGGGGGGAGCACGUGUGGGGGUGGAUGGGAAUUGGGAAUUCGGCUUUGGACUUGAUGGGUCUGAGAUGCCUGUUCAACACGCUCAGUAGGCAGCUGACAUACAAGCCUGGAGUUUGCAAGAGAAAUUUGGGAGUCUCUGGCAUAUAGAUGAUAUUUAAAGUCAGGAACAGGUACUAUUUGCCAGAUACAGGCACUAAGGCAGUCGAUAAGCACCAAAACCUUCUAAUGUACUUACUAUCAUUAUUUUCAUCUUGCAGAUGUGGAAACUGAGGCUCAGAGAGAAGUGACUUGCUCCAAGUCUCACAGUUCCUUGAUGGCAGAGCUGAUUCAAACCUGGGGUACCUGACCAAGGGUCUUUUCUCCUAGCCCCUCACUUCCACAGGGAUGCCCUUGUUUAAUAUUUUAUGGCAUGUCGUAUAUGAAAAGUGGAUAUAAUUUGGUUCAGGGCGCUGGGUAAUCCAGUAAAGAGGAGGACAUAGCAAACCGAGUCACCUAGUGAGGGCACACACCGAAUCUGUGGGAAUCCUUGAGGUAAGACUGAUCAGGAGGGAUGGCGGGGCGUACAGACUGACCUGAAGACUUUUGAGGGACAGGGAACAGGGAGCCAUUGAUGAUUCUUGAGGGCUAUAUGCUAUAUGUAGCAAGAGCAACUCUUGAAAAAGACCCCUCAGACAUGGGCAUGCAGGAGGACCAGAGAGGAGGAAAUAGGUCUGGAAGUUGUCGACACUGCCCGGGUGUGAAGGAUUCAGGUUGAGCCAGUGAGAACGAGGAGAGAGUGAGGAAGCUGAGCACCACCAGACAUGGCUGGCAGAAUCAGUGCUUGAUGUGGCGUAGGGGCUGAAGGUGAGAAAUGAGUCAAGGGCAAAAUUACAGACCAGUGGGGCAGAUGGGAGGUGGGGAAUGACGCCAGCCUGAACAAAAAAAAAAAAAAAAAAAAGGGGGAAGCUGGUCAAGAGGAACUUGGUCCCGCCUUUCUUGUUCUUGGGCUGAGUGAACCACAGAGGGACAGAUUUUUUUUUUGGGACCCCACAGACUAGACUGGCCAGGCUACAAGAUAGAGAGAGCUAAGGUAUCUGACAGCAGGCAAGAGGAGGCUAGAGGAUGGGGUGGGGUGCAGUGGUGUCUUUGAUCAGAACUGGUUGGGGCUGGGAGAGUUAGGAAACAUCCAUCUCGAGGUCAAAGGCCUGAGUUAAUGACAUCAAGGAGGGAGAGAGGUUGCUUGAGACAAAAAGCCUAGGAUGGAGCCCCAGGCACGCUUCAUGCUUCUAGCCUUGUGUACCCUCGGACCAGUUUCUUAACCACUGUGGUUGGUCCCUAAUUUCCUCAUCUGUGAAAUGUAGAUAAUAUACUUCUUACCUCCUAGGGUUGUUGUGAGAACAAAAUAAACUAAUAGAUGUAAUUGCUGAGAAACCUGUCCAGCCUGUGGUGAAAGCUCAGAGAUGCUACUGAGAAGAGGAGCCCAAAGAGAGUGCAGGGAAGAACGCUAGCCCGAAUCCCAAUGGAGAGGAUUGUCACAAAGGGAAAUGGUUCCCAGCGAUGACAAGGAGAUUCAUCAAACCAGCUGGAGACAAGGAAGGCUACAUAAAUCACCUCAGUUAAUUUUCCUAGCAAUAGCAACAUGCCCACAUUUCAGAUGAAGACAGGGAGGCUCAUGGACUUGUUCUUGGUCACACAAUCAGAAACAGGUGGGAGAGGGACUGGGACCCAGGGCUCUAGAGAAUGAAUGCUUCCAGAGCGUCUGCGGGUAACCACUGCCAUGUGGGGCAGCGGUUACCCAUCCCCUCAUAAAGGGGAUGGGAAGUUCAGAGAGUGGCCAUGGGUGGUUGAAAGGCCCAGAGAAAGUGGCUUCCCCAGAGUGUGAGGGCCUUAGUGCUAAAAAGUAAAUCACACAUGAGCAGAGAGGAAAUGGUAGUGGGAGGUGUAGACCACACACGGGAGAAGUUUGGUCAUGAAUUAAAGAAGAAAUAGGAGGACAGCGUGUUGGGGAUCAAGGGGAGGUUUUAUAGCAGCAAAGACCCUAGAUCGUGUCAUCAGCAGAGGGGAAGGGGACCACGGAAAGGGGGAACACAAACAGCCAGAAGGGGGGAGUGUAACUGAGGGAAGGAGCCCUCCUGGAGUGGAGAAGGAACGAGAGCAAAGCCACAGUUGAAGAAAUUUAGGUUUGACGGAAGGCAGGAAAUGGCUACAACCCACAAGGAGGCUGUAAACUAGAUAGGAAAGAGUCAAUGAGUGCCUUGGUUGGAUUCUUCUGCCUCAUUCAAGACAGGAGAAUUCAGGUGUGUCUCAUGAAGUGGUGGCACACACUGAACCAAAAAGAAUUCAUGCUGGAGUGAAGGUGCCCCUGAGAUAGAGUGUAAGCUGUGCUCAAGCUAUAGUUCAGAAAUUUGUAAGCGUCCAUCCAUCCAUCCACCCAUCCUUCAUCUAUCAACCAUCAUCCAUCCAUUCAUUCACCCACCCAUCCAUCUGACCAUCCACCUCUUAUCCAUUCAAUAAACAUAUUUUAUUGAGCAUCUACUGGGUGCUAAGUCCCGGAGCUAUGGGUCGGAACACAGAAAAGAUCCUGUUUUCAAGUUCACAAUCUUCCAUGUAAGACCCGGGAAGCAAACCAGUGCUCACAGUGCAAUGUGACGAAAACAUGAUAGGGAAGCCAGUGACCUGUGAGGACACAGAGGAAGGUGGGGGCCAAAGGAAGGAAGUGGGGAUUUAAGCUGUGAUCUAAGAAGGGUAGGAGUGGAAGGAAGUGGGGUGUGGGGGAGCAGGAGAGAGUGUUCCGGACAAGGGGAAGAGCCUGUACGAAGGCUUGGGUGUCAGUGAGAGCCUGGCAUUUUCAAGGAACUGAAAGAAGGUCCAUGUGGCUAGAAUAAAGUAAUGGUGUGGGCAGUGGGGCUGGGGGCAAAAGUUGAGUCUGGAAAAGUCCGUGAGAAUCUGGACUUCAUCCUGAGGGCAAGGGGGAGGUAUGGAAGGAUUUUGAGAGGGGAGAGCCUUGCUCAGAUUUGUGUUCUGGAAAGAGGUCUGGGCUUUAGAGAGGAGAGUGGACUGGAGGGGUACAUGGGGGAGCUGGGAGACGAGUGUUGGGCUGUGGUCCAACAGAGAGAUGGUGGGGAGAAGGGGACUGAUUCAAGACACUUCCAGGUGGCAGGCUGAACAGGCCUUGCCCAUUGAUCAUGAGAGGGGAGGGGAAGCCCAGGGUAACGACUACUGCUGUGUUUCUGACCCAAGGAAUCAAGCCGACCGACAACCUGUCAGGAAAGGCUCACCAGUGAGCACAUUAGGCCCUUUGGACAGGAGGGUGGGUCACAUUUGGGGAUUGGGGGAUGGGGGUAACAUCUGGGACCUUCGCGUCUCAGCCCCCACGGGCAGGACAAGACCAUACAGUCUCAGCCGUCAGAGGAUGGGGUUGGAUGGAUGAAAGGCUGAAUCCUUACUGGGAUGUUCCAGGCAAGUCACUGCAUCUCCUGGAGCCUCAGCUGACAUGGGACAUGCCACCCCAGUGACAACUGUCAUCUGCAAUUUGAAGACGAUAAAGAGCUUCCAUCUCAGAAACCUGACCCCUGCUCAAGGGCUUGCGGCUAAGUUCUCGGGGUUGUGAAAACAGCCUCCCAGCCCACAGCAGAGCCAGAGGUGGUGCGGGACCCCUCCCUCCCUUGCUUUCAGGGUGAGGGCCCCAGACUCUGGCCGGUGCAGCCCCUUUAAGCUAAAGUGGGGACAUAGCGAUCCUCUCCACUCCCCAAGGAACUCCCCGUGGCAGUGGUUUCGGGGCUGGGGCAGGAAGGGUGGCAGGUGUACAGGCGGCGUGUCUAGUCAGCUUGAGUCAGAGGUGUUGAGACAGGCAGUCACCCUGGCUUCCUCCUCCCACUCAGGUCCAAUUCCCCUUUACCUCUGUGGUCCUACUAGGCCUGCAUCUGCUCUGCUUUCCCUGCCUGUGCCCUGGCCUUUCCUCCAGCGCCCUCUCUGCUGCCACCCUCCAUAGAAUUCUGCCUCACCACCGCCUCCUCCAGGGAGCGUUCCUGAUUCCCCUGACCGACUUCCAAGCCCUAGAGUCUGCACAGUACCGUAAAGGUCUCUCAAGGCCCUUAGCAUAGUCACGGACUCUAGGACAUUCCAUCUGGAAGGUCCCUUGGAAUCCAUUUCAUAGCUGGGAGAACUGAGGAGGAAUAAGCCACUUAAUCCCAGGCAAGGAAACCACCUCUAAAAUGUCCCUGGUCUGUGCUGCCUCCAAAGUGAGGCAGAGAGGUGCUCUGUGCCCCACGGUUCCUCCCCAGACUCCAGCUCCAGCUCGCCUCCUUGUCCUUGUCUUCUGCCCCCUCUUCCCCGGUCCAGCCUCAUUGAAAGCGUCCUGUGUGUGGGCGUGUCCCAUGGUCUAUGGUCUCCAUGUCACAUCGGGACCAUUUCCCCCAACAGAGUCCUGUGCUGUUUCUCUCAUUUAUCUCUGCACCCACGCUAAGUGCUUCCCUCGUGUGAAAUGCCCCCUCCUCCUUCUCUCUUUUUUUUCUUUUUAAAAACUUUUUAAUGUUUAUUUUUGAGAUUGAGAGAGAGAGAGAGAGAGAGAAAGAGAGAGAAUCCGAAGCAGGCUCCAGGCUCUGAGCUGUCAGCACAGAGCCCAACGCGGAGCUUGAACUCACAGACUGUGGGAUCAUGACCUGAGCCCAAGUCGGACCUCAACUGACUGAGCCACCCAGCUCCCCAGUGUGAAUCCUCCCAGUCACAAGGCUCACUGACUGCCGCCUCCAUGAAGCCCUCCAAGGUUUCUCAGCCAGAAGCAAUAUCUCCCUGCCCUGGGCCCCAGCCCUUUAUCUCACCUGCACAUUCCUGUGUUGGGGCCAGGCCUCGUCCCCUCUGCCAGCUGCUGCACACCCUCCCACGGCCCCUGGCAUAGCACCUGACAUGCAGCAGGUUCUCGUUGGCAUGCUUGCUGCUCUGAUCCCUCCCUUGCUAGGCAUCCUGCACCAGCAGAGCUGGUCCAGAACAUUCUGCUCCUGCUGUCACAACCAAUUCCCUAGAAGGGACAGGGGAAUUUGGGUCCUUCUGGAGAAAAAUUCUGAGUCUGUGGCAGAACAAGGGGGACUCAAACCCCACUCAGGGGGUUUCCCCGGCAGUGGGGGCUGGGGUGGCCUCGCCAGUAAUAAAGCUGCUAAUUGUCAUCUUAACAGUCCCCUGUUGUCCAACACAGAAGAGCAUUCCGUGGCCUCUGUGGUAGGUGGAAAAGCCACUGGGCAGAGGGACUGGAGGACAGAGAGGGUCAUGAGACACUCCACCCAUCAGGGGCAGUAUCAGCAGAGACAUCCUCUGCCCCUCCUAGGCCCCAGGCCCUCCCCAAGCACCUCUGGUCAUUGGCAUUUCCGCUGGGCCUAAGGCUCUGUCUCCGGGCCAGAGCUGCUCUUUCCCGGGCACAGUCACCAAGGGCACCGGCACCCGUUCUCCUGACCAGACUGGCUUCCUCCAGCUCUGCAGGAUGGGGCCUGCUGGCUGCCUCUCUGUUUGGGGUGGAGGUUACCCCCACUGUCUGCAGGAAGCCAGCACCGAAGAUGAGCGCAGGCAGGAAGAUCCACUCCCUUCUCCGCUCUGCUGCACAGGCAGAUGGCAGCCUGUCCCAGAGACAGGGAGAAUGGCUCAGCCAGACAGGCUGGGGGCAAGAACCCCUCUAGCUGCGGCUUGAGGAGCGGGUGAUGUGAGCCUAUGAGAAGCAGAGAAAUGCCGCUGUGAGAUCCACUAAGAGAGGACCCCAUCUUUCUCAGAUCUGCCAUUCCGGCAGGGUCCCUGGGACAGUCCAAACAUCCCUCCACGGGUGGUGAAGUGAGGCCCAGAGAGGGUCUAUGAGCUGCCCAAAGUCACAUAGCAAGAUGGUGACAGAGGAUCCUGCCCAAAGGACGUUUUGCCAUGGACGGGCACUCCCCCCCCUCCCCGUAUGAAGCGAAGCAGCCAUAACCUGCCAAAGUGGCCCUUGGGGACAAGGAGGAGCACUGGCCUCGCCCUCCCUUGAUCUUGACCAUGGCUUCCUUUCACAGGUGCCCUGUGAGGACCAGCAGGCAGGAUUACAGUCUGAGCACCUCCCUUGGUGGGGCUGGGUUUCAACAAACAGCGCCUGCUGUGGUUAUCAUCACCACUGAUGACAAUUUAACAAUGGCUCCAGGUUAACCCAGAGCCAGCUGUGCUGAGAGGGCCCCGUGCACCUGACAUGUUGCAGGGGCCUCAUCUCAGCUGCUCCUGGUCCCUUGGGAUACAGUGGAGCCAGGCCCGGAUCCCAUGUGUUAAAACCAAGGUCAGGGGUCACCCUGCUGAGAUGCUGUCCACCUGGAAGCGGGCACAGGACUCUCCUCCUGGUUAAGGGACUCCCACCGUCUGGCCCAGGGGAGCCCUAGGCAGACAAUUGGCCACUUUCUCUGGUGGCCGGGGUUGUGGCCUGAUGCAGGGAUGCUGCAGCCCAUGGGGUGGAUGGAAAGUCUGUUCAGGGCCUGGCUCGCGCUGGACCCUGACCACGUGUCCACUGUAGACCAGGUCCUCACAGACCCUUGUGUGCUGUUCUGCAACCCAGGGUGGGGUGCCCCAUGUGGGGGAACCGGGCUUCCAAUCUGCAGAGGUGCCCAUUUGGAUUAAAUGGUGAUUAAAACCUGUCGGGCUCUGGUCUCCUGUGUCAGGGCCCUGCUUGGGGAAACCCCCCAACCAAAGUCGUGUGGGCCCCAGGCCUUUCUCAGAAUGAGAUGGAGCAGGGGCACUCCCUGUGAAGACGCCCUGUGCCCAUGCGGCCUGCGGACUCCCCCUCCCCCACAGGAGGCCUUCCUGGAGGCGGAGGGGGAAGCUCCUCCAGGCCUGGACCUCAGGUGCCGAAGCAGCCCUCUUGGCUCCUGCCUGGCUGUCCCCACCCCACACACAGGGCGCGAUGGUGCUUGAAGGAGGCUCACCAGCCUCGGGGCAGAUGCUAACCCGGUUUAGGAUAGAGGCUUCUCAGCCCUGCUAAUAGAGGAACCAAGAAAUGUCCCUGUGAAAAGAGAAGUAUGUCACUGUCGUAGCCCCCGGACACACAUACCCCACCUCUGUCCUCAGCUGAGUGCCCAUUCUCUGGAAAGCCACAAACAUUCCAAGACCGCAUUUGUGCUGAAUCAUCUUCAAACUCCACUGCUGUAGGGAGGCAUGUGGGGGGGGAGGUGACAGGAGGUGGGGCAAGGUCCCCAAAGAGGUUAAAUAGGUCACCUCCACACUUGGCUAUCAUCCUCGUCUCUCCUGGAGCAGAGGGAUCCACACGCACAGAUCCUCUCCCGGGCUCCUGGCACCAUGAUGUCCCUGAAGCUGCUGCUGCUGGUCAUGCUCCUCCUGGGGGCUUCUCUGCAGGUCACCCAUGCAGCUCGAGCAACCAACGUGGGCCGGGAGUGCUGCCUAGAGUACUUCAAAGGGGCCAUCCCUCUCAGAAGGCUGACAGGGUGGUAUAGGACCUCGGGGGAGUGUUCCAAAGACGCCAUCGUGUUUGUAACUAUCCAUGGCAAGUCCAUCUGUUCCGACCCCAAGGACCCCAGGGUGAAGAAGACAGUCAGAUAUUUGCAAAGCAUCAUGAACCCUGUGCCCCAGGAGUCCUGAUUUUUGCCUGGACCAUUUGGAGACUUCCUGCCUCAGUUCACGACCCCAACCCCAAGCUGCCUGAGUCCAGUGAAGACCCUACAAGGACAAAGAAGACCCCUGCCCUCUUUUCUGGUCUGGAACCAUGGCAUGAAAGAGCCCUGAUUAAAGUCUCUC